GUUAGGGCAGGUUCGUGAUGUUUCCUGCUUCCGACGCUCUAGCCGUUUGCGCAUUCUAUCGAUGGGAUAUUUCCUCUUAUUUGUGAUGGCCCAGAUGAGUGGUAGAUCUCACGCGGUGGCCACGGAGGAGAGGCCGGUGUAUGGCGAGAUGCCUGCUAUAACUCCUGCUGAUCUGCGUGGACGCCGGCUUCUCUCGCCCAGAAGGCAUAUUUUGGGUGUGGGGUCUGUGGCUUCGCUGCCGGCCGCAUCCACGUCUGCGGCUUCGUCAGCCCUUCCCUCGACUAGGGCUUCGUCAGCUGCGUCGCCCUCGUCUGUGGCUUCCUCAGCUGCGCCCUCUCUGGGUUCGCCGGCUCCGUUCUCGUAUGCAGCUUCGUCCGAUCUUUCCUCGGCCGCUCUGCCUUCGUCUGCAGCUUCGUCAGCUCCUCAGCCCGCGUCACUGGCUUCGUCAGCUCCGGCCGAGUCCAAGCCGGAGCCGCGGGCGGGGAUCAUUCUGAUGAACACCACUCUGUUUUCGUCAAGCCGAUUCGUGUGGCUCCGCACGAGCACUCCUCCAUUCGCGUGCACAGGCACUCACGAGCUCAGGUGCCAAUCUUUCUUCUAUGACUUAGUGUUCGCUCCCCGAAGUACGGUAUUUUACGCCAUUUUCUCGGAAUUCGUCUCGAUGCAGAACGAGGCUUUAGAUAUCCGCGAGUCAGUCUGGAAAGUAGAUCUCGCUCAAGCCAACCACGACCCUAGUGGCCUUGCUCGGGGGGAGGUACUCAGCUACUGGUGGCCUUCCGACGAGAGAAGCGGAUCCGCUGAGAAGAAUCCAUACAUCUUGCAACCUGGCUCAAACGACAGCCUGUCGAUGGCCGACAUUUACGGCAUGGAUAUGGCGCGAACCGGGGAGAGCCUUAUCGUCUUGUCAAACCCGUAUAGUGGUAGUCGGGGAGCUUAUUCCAAGCUCUCUGCGUUGUCGACAAUAAAUGGCAAUAGAACCUCUACAACGAUAAUGCUAAGUGCUGCUGCCAGUUUGACGUUCAAUCCGAACAAGACCAAGCUUUACAUAGCUGUUGGUAUGCAGCCGGUUCGGAUUCUAUCCACUCCCGUGCAGGAGUCAGGGAUGCCCAUAGAUGGCUCACAAUUGAAAGAAAUAAGAACAUUCUCUCUCGGCGACGAUCCCGAUAUCAAAGAAGUAAGGUUCGGCUCACAGAGCUUAGUCUCAGACGAGCGCUGCCUUUAUUUCCUGAACUCCGAUGACCUUCGUGUGUGGGGAAUCGAUCCCCUUGCCUCUGACCCCCCUAGUCCCGUACUCGUGRCUGGAUCCGGGUCGAGAGGAGUAGAUGAUAAGGACGGAUUCAACGCCUCCUUCAACAACUUGACAAGCCUCGCCGCGACUCCGGAUGGAUGCAACAUCUUCAUCACUGACUUUUAUUACGGUUUAGUUCGCUGGGUACAGCUGGACUCGCCGUGCUCCCCGGCUCGAAGGGUGCAGACUGUAGCACGUUACCGCGGCGGGUUAAAAACAUUGAGGCUCCAUCAAUCCGGCAGUGACUACUGCCUAUACGUCGCGGCAGAGGACGGCUCGCUGACUGAGCUCAAAAUAAAUGUUUCUCAGCUGCACGCGUGCGCGCCUGUCCGGACAUCGAUUGUCGGUACCUCCCAGUCUUCUCCUGACCCCGACGUCCCCGCCUCUGACUCCUCACCCCUCGUUUCAGCUUCCGGGUCCGGCGAGCUCGCUGCCUCUCCAGCAACGAUGAGGAGAUCUCGCAAUCUAGCUUUUAUCGUAGCUCUCCCAUUAUCUAUUCUCGCAUUCCUUGGUGUGGCGACUGUUGCCAGCUUCCUCAUUUUCGGAAAAAAUCGGCAUGCCCGCCAGGAGGAACAGGCGAAGUCUAUCUUGAGGACCAAUGGCAGUGCGAACAUCGUGCCAUCGACUGGUUCGUCGUCGGGGGUGGCCGGGAUCGUGCGGGAGGGAGCGGGGCUUUAUCCCCCUAAGAUGAAGCAGUUCUCGCUCGAAGCUCUGUCGUAUUGUACUCGGAACUUCAGCGAGAGCCACCGGAUCGGGCUCGGCGGGGCGUUUGGUAAUGUCUACUGGGGUUCGAAGGAUGGCGACAACGAGUUGGCGAUCAAGGUGAUGACAGGCAAUCUGACAGCGGAGAAGAGAAGCAUGUUCGUGGCCGAAGUUAACACGCUGAGUAGAGUCCAUCACGCCAACCUGAUGCGACUCGUCGGAUACUGCCACGAAGGGAAUCGCUCGAUCUUGGUGCACCCCCACUUUCGGGGGGGCAGCUUGUUCGCUCGGCUGCACGAGAGAGUGCAAGCCGUUUCGGAGAAAGCUUCCAUCCCGCCUCUGACGCUUGUAGAGCGGAUGUGCAUCGCCUUGCAAAUCGCUAAGGGCCUAGCCUACCUUCACGACGGUGCCGAUCUACCAGUCAUCCAUGGGGACAUUAAGAGCAGCAACGUGCUCCUUGGCGAUGGCUGCGAGCAGAAUUUGCACGUCGUGGUGGCGGAUUUCGGCCUUGCGACUAUGGUAGAGAGAGUGUUCGGCACCGAGCGCGAGACGGUGGUGAAGUCCUUGCAGAUGGCCGGGGCAUUCGGUUACAUUGCCCCGGAGGGCAUGAUGGGAGGAAUUCUCUCGGAGAAGAAUGACGUGUACGCUUUCGGCGUUAUUCUUCUGGAGCUGUUGACAGGGCGGAAGGCCGUGGCGAAGGCACCGUCUGGGGUUGGGUGGGAAACCCUAGUGGACUGGGCGAAGCCGUUUCUGAAAAGAGCACACGUCGCUGUCGAGAUGCCGUGCCAAUUUCUGGACCCUUGUUUGCGCGAUCAGGCGGCCCAAGUCAGGUUCAGCCGUAUGGUUACCGGGACGCUUCGUUUAGCGAGUAAGUGUCUCCGGGAGGACGAUCGAGCCCGGCCAGCGAUGUGCGGAUUGGUGGAGAAGAUAGGCAAUCUGCUCAAUGAAGCGCAGAUCAAUGUUAGGAAAACGAACUGAUGUUCGGAGAUGUCGUCAUGAGAUUGUUCGCUGGCGAGAAAUUGAUCGCAGACCGGGUGAUGGACGAUCGCUCUGGAUAGUGCCGGGAAGGACACUCGUUGCAAAUGAGAGCAUGUAGAAGACGAGCCCUCACUUGGUCUAAUGGAUCGCUAAUGACCCUGGACGUGAGCUUGACUUGUUGCUUCAGCUGGACUAAUGGCGUAAGGACCGGUGAGAAAGCAUUCACACGGUGGAGGACAGGGUAGGUCGAGGGAUCGUGCAAGAAGGAACGAAUCGUUGGGAGGGGAGGACGGAUUGCGUCUCGCUUCGCGUGUUGGCAAGAGGCGGCGAGGCAAGUGAUGCCGCUCUUCUACCCCUGAUCGCCCAGAAAGGGCAUGGCAGAGUGGGUGGGGGGAAGUGUGAGAGAUGAUGGACGGCGUUUAACUGUAAAGGCGGAAAAUUAACCGU